AAGAUGGCUGCAGCAGGUCAGUCUCAGAGAUCCGAAAAUAACCCAAGAGCAAGAAUCUCGAGUCUCUCUCGCUUCUUAGGAACCCAUAAAGCGGCCAUGAAAUGGAAAAGUUCUUUGCUCCUCUCAGAAUAUUUCACAAAUAAGACGACCCGCGAUCCUGGAACAUUUGACGUGGACUACAAUGAUACUCCAGCCGUGAGAAAAAUGAUUGAAAAAAGCAGAAAAAUGUUUUACUUGGAAGAUAUGCAUUUGGAUGAGGUAUCUUUCAUGAACAAGCCUCAGAACAGUUAUGAAUUAAGUCCUGUUAAGCCUUUUAAAGUUUCUGAAGUCAGAGAAAUAAUGAAAAAUGCGAUGCAAGAAAUAAAUGAUGAGAAGAACAAACAUGAGACAGAUGGGGAUUUAUGUAAAUCGCUGGCAGAUGAAAUUAAACUACGAGUGAAAAAUUCUGGGUUUUCACGGUAUAAGAUUAUAUGUGUUGUGUCUUUGCUUCGAGGUUGCGAGAGACAGAAUAUAAUGAUUGGUAGUCGUUGUUUGUGGAAUACAGAUUAUGAUAAUUUCGUACAAGAAAUUUUUGAAAGUAAGCGUUUCACUGCCGUGGCAACGGUUUAUGCUUUGUAUUAUGAGUGACUGUUGAAACUAAACAUGUUUAUUGUUGUUGUAAAUAAUGCUACCCUCGCUGGCUAUAUGUAUUGUUCUACAUACCAGGUGAUCUCGUGUUCGUAUUUUAGCCAAUCAGCGCUCAGAAAGGGUUGUCCGCAUAGAAAUCCAUUUUGAGGUAUUCAGUCAAUUAUAUCUUUCGUUAUUCUUUAUGAAACUAGUUGAAAUUUUGUAAUUAUGUUUGCUUAUGAGAACUAUAGCUCUGACAAAAAUAUGGAAUAGAAAUAAAGUAUAUUACAGGAGAUAUUCAGUUGUUUUAAUCAUAAAAUGGAUUUCUAUUUGACAACUAGUGCCAGUACUUUUCCGCGUAUCAAGAUCAUCUGGUAGUAUUAAAGCAUAGCAACACCUGUAUAAGAGUGAAGUACGUGGCGCUUCUUUCAUUGAAAUAGCCUGCAUGGCAGAUCUGACCUUUCCGGUGUUCCGCCGGGUUGGCUGCAACUCCUGCAAGCAAGUGGUGUAGAAUUGAAAUGUAACAAAGAGUGCUCUUGAAAGGUGGAGCAGCGGGUGGGGGGUGACAAGACAUGAGGGUGACAAGGCGUGGAG